AUGGACAUAAAAGGAGAGUUGAAAUACAGGUAUGACAUCAAGAUGAACUACAUGAAAGCUUGGAGAAGUAAGGAACAUGCAGUAAAUGACUUAAGAGGAAACACUAGUGACUCGUACAACCUAAUACCGAGUUUCUUACACAUGGUGGAAAAAAGAAACCCAGGAUCAGUUGUGGAUCUGAAAACAACAGAAGACAACAUCUUACUUUUUGUUUUCAUGGCGUUGGACGCAUCCAUAAAAGGGCGGGGAGCAUGCAGACCGAUAGUUGUGGUGGACGGAACAUUCCUCAAAACAGCUUAUGGGGGAACUUUGUUGUGCGCAUGCACACAAGAUGCAGCAAGUCAUAUUUUUCCACUAGCGUUUUGUGUUGCAGAUUCUGAGAAUGACCAAUCUUGGAAAUGGUUCUUCAAAAAAUUUAAAGAAGCGUAUGGGGUCCGGGAACACCAAUGCCUAAUUUCAGACAGGAAUGAAAGCCUCAUCAAAGCAGAAAUAUAUCCAGAAAUUACACACAGUUUCUACGGGUACCACAUUUUGAGCAACCUUAAAACAAGCUUCAAACAACAUGCUGCCAAAUACAAUCUGCCAUUCUUUGGAGCAGUGAAAGCCUACACAGAAAAGCAAUUCGAGUUCCCCAUGGCUGAAUUGGAUGGAUUGGACAAACGCAUAAGACCUUACUUAAAAAAAGUCGGUUAUGAAAAGUGGUCAAGAAUUCAUAGCCAAAACAAGAGGUAUUCUACAAUAAUCUCAAACAUAUCAGAAUCACUGAACGCCGCAAAUCUAGCAGCAAGGGAGCUACCAAUUACAACCCUGCUAGAAUGCUUGAGAGCAUUGGUGCAACAAUGGACACAUACUAAUAGGACAAAAGUUAAAGCAACAACAGAUUACUUGUUCGAGGUAACAAGAAUGAAAGAAUCGUGA